AUGGACACGAAAGGAGCUGUGUUUCUCAGCUGCUGCCUGCUGCUUCUCUUUGGCUUCCAGCACUCCACAGCCCACCCCGUCGACAGCCUCAGCCCUGCCAAGGAACUAGCCAGCAUGGAGGCACUUUUGGAGAGGCUGGAAGAAAAAGUCGCCCUGAUGGAGGAUCUGCAGAGCGACCGGGACUCUGAGGAGCCCCAAGGCCAGAUGGAGAGCCAGGUAGCAGACUCCGAGGACAGCAGCGACCAGCAGCCAGAAACCAGGGCGGACUCCGCUCCCCUCCCUUCCUACAGGAGCUCCUGGCUCAAACACAUGAGAGGGCUGCAGGCCCCAAAGAGCCUGCGAGAGUCCGGCUGUUUUGGAAGAAGACUGGACAGGAUUGGGUCCAUGAGCAGCUUGGGAUGUAAAGGUAAGCCCCCUCGGCAUCUAACAGACCUCUGA